AUGGAAAUUUUACAAAUACUUCGCAAUCAUAUCAUUAAUAAUCAAUUCUCGUUAAUUCCUAAUAUUGCAAUAUUUUCAAUAAUAUUGGAUAAUACUGAAAAACAACUGCUUACUGUUUUGAAAUCUCAAAAUAAUGAAUUACAUGAAGAUCAAUAUAUAGCACGUUGUAUUGAUUUAGAAGGUCUUGAUGGUUGUGGUAAAUCAACAUUAGCAAAUGAAUUACAUCAUCAAUUAAAUAUACGUAAACAAAACUCACGUUUAUUAUCUACACCACCUGAUCAACUUCUUUCAUUUCGAUCUUAUUUUGAUGCACAAUCAGAAUCUAUUCGUCGUGCAUAUUAUAAUUUAGGAAAUUUAAUUAUUUCUUUGGAAUUAAAAAAUCAAUCAGAUAUAAUAAAUAUUCUUGAUCGAUAUUGGCCAUCAACAAUUGCUUAUCAAUUAGCAAAACUAAAUGAAAAUGAGCAAAUAAAAAUUUCAUGGCCUAAUUAUCUCGUUCAACCAGCUUUAAUUAUUUAUAUUUAUGUCGAUGAAAUAGAACGUUGUCGACGUAUUACUCAACGAUCAAUACCUAUUACAUUAGAAGAAAAACAAUUAGCUGCACAAGAAGUAUUUCGUCGUCGACUUGAUUUUAUCUAUCGAAAUCAUAUACCCAGUUCUCGUUUACAUGUUAUCGAUGGUAAUAGGCCGACAAGUAUAAUUGCAAAUGAUAUUCUUAAUUUAUUUCAAGAAUAA